AUGCAAGUAGUCCAUUCUGAGCCUGUUCAAGCUACUCUUGAUACUCUCGGAUACUUUUACGGAAGGGCAUCCGAUUUUUUGUCGAGCCAGGCUGAAGCUCUUCAGCAAAUCGAUUUCAAGCAGUAUGAUUUACGAUCUGAUAGCACUCGCAAUCAGUUUACAAGAAAGAGCAGUUUAUUGGACGUGAUAUAUAAACACAAGGGGAAAAUCGGCUUGUUGACUGUGGGAAUUGGCAUAGGUGCUUUCUAUUACUAUAACCAAUUCCAACCUGCCCAUAAAUUGGGGCUCAAACCUGCUUAUAAUAUGCCUCCCAAACCCAAGAGAAGAGUGCCUAAACUCGCAAACGGGGCUAGGCAAGAUGUGGUAUUAGUGGUAGGGUCUCCGACCGAACCACUUACCAGGCUCAUUGCGUUAGACUUUGAAAGACGUGGGUUUAUUGUGUAUUUGACGAUUCUUGAUGAAAAAGACUUGAAGUACAUCGAAUCAAAUCCAAUUACCAACGACAUAAACUACUUGAACUUGACCAAUUCUUACAGCUUUGAAAGUCAGUUGAACAAGUUUAACCAUUUGCUCCAAGUGCCGGUCGUGCCCUUUGCUGGAGCUGAAGCACACAAUUUGAAGUUGAGAGCAGUGGUGUUCACCCCCAAUUUAUAUUAUCCCAUUGGACCCAUCGAAAAUAUCACGGUGGCAUCGUGGACGAAGAUAACUGACCGGUUAUCGGUUUACCUCAAGCUCUUUUCCUCAGGACUAAUCCAGUUGAUCAGAUUACAGGAAAGUAAGACGAUUCUUAUUACUCCCAGCAUUACUAGUGCGUUGAAUCUUCCAUACCACUCACCUGAGAGCCUUUUGCAAAAUGCUCUCCAGGGACUUUUCACCACCUUAUCAAGGGAAAUCCGUCAGCACAAUCUCCAGGUAACUCAAGUCAGGUUGGGGAACAUCAGCGUUCUGUCCAACAGCAACACAUCUUUAAAGACAUCCAGCAUAAUUAACGCCGAAAUCAAGAGCUGGAAUGAAGACAUAAAGCUAUUGUAUAGUCGCAGCUUCACCAAGUCUCAAUUUAGGUCCAGUCCUAUAAAGUCCUCUGGAAAAGGUACGAAUUUAAGGGAUUUGUACCAUGUUCUUUUUGACUUGAUUUACCCCAAGAAGACUAACCCACAAGUGGUUUACUGUGGAACUGGAUCCCAGAUAUAUGACUGGAUUUCCAGCCUACUUCCAGUGUCGUUUGUUCUGUGGAUCUUGACUUAA